AUGCUCUCCGGCGGGGCGUAUAACGGCUGGCUUACCUACGCAUCUAGUACGUCGAGCUACUGUAUGAGGGCGGAGGACGAGCGGGCACAUAAAUACAUUCCGAGCCUGAAGCAGGUUUGUGCUACGAGUGUUUACGCUGCCGUAUCGAGCGAGCUCGUGCGUAGGGAUGCACUGUACUUGGAGGGCGUUUCGAUCGCGGUUCAGCCCUGCACGCUGGAUGAUGCCAUGAAGUAUGGCUGGGGGAGUUGGGCUUUUGGCCAGGACAAGGAAGAGACGCUGUGGAAACUUGGCGAGGAGUUGAGCAAAGUAGUGAAAUAA